AUGUCUCACGUCAGUCCCCAGCCCCAGCAAACAUAUGAAUACGACCCUCUGCCCAACCCCACAUCAAUCCGACUCCUACGAGUCGACCAGAAAGACCCAAAUGGCUUGAUACACUGCACCAUCAAAACAGUCGAUCUAAAUGAUGCGCCUUUGUACCAUGCCAUGUCCUACACGUKGGGCAACCCGCACAGCGAACUGGCCCAGGUCCAGGAAACGCACGACAGGUACACAGAGGAUUAUCCUCCAGAGCACAAAGAGCGUAUAUCUGUCAACGGAAAGUUGUUAUACGUCACGCGAAAUGCGUAUGACGCGCUCGUCUCCGUUCCCAGAGACGCAUGGGCAAAAUUCUGCAACCGCGGUAAUCGAAGGAAACUUUUCCGGACAUCGCUUCAUUGGGCGUCUAUCGCGGGGAAGCAGGAACUAAUUCAGCCGCUUCUGUGUUCUGGCGUAGAUGUUAAUGUCAGAGAUGAAUGGGGGGUUACGCCGUUGAGUUACGCGGCGCAGGUGGGAAGUCGCGACGGGGUCGAGUUGUUGCUUUCUGCUGGUGCGGAUGCGCGCAUUGCGGAUAAUCGGGGGAAUACUCCGCUUGACUAUGCGAGGCAAGGUGACUAUACGGAGAUUAUCGAGUGUCUGGAGGAGGUCGAGGAGAAGGGAGGAAGACUCGAGCCGCGAGUAGAUUGGCCUGAAGGUCCCGACAGAUGGUGCUGGAUCGACCAGAUUUGUAUCGACCAGAAUGAUAUCCCCGAGAGGGGUUCGCAGGUUGCGAUCAUGGAUCAGAUAUACAAGAACGCAGCGUUUACGCUCGUCUGGCUCGGGCCUGAAGAUUCCUACACCGAUGUGGCCAUCAAGACGAUCGAGAAACUGGACACCGCCGCAGGAGACUUCAUCCGAAGCACGGAGAUACAACCAUAUAGAGAGCAACCUGAAGAGGUCUACGCUGCUGCAAAGAUCCCCUAUGUUUCCAUGGAAGAGUGGGGAUCCAUCGCGGCCCUCUUUCAACGUUCCUACUUCAGACGGCUCUGGAUCGUCCAGGAGAACAUCCUCUCGGACAUCAUCAUGGGCUACUGCGGGAGGCACGAAAUUCCAUGGAAAGCAUUCCACACCGUAGCACAGCAUAUCUACUUUCGACAAGAGCUGCUGGGUCGACCGACGUCAACUGCGUUUAUUGCGCCCCAUCGGCCAGUGUCAGCUCUCGAAAGCGAGGUCGUAUAUCUCACUCAGUGGCGGGAGCGGUUGCAGAUGGGCGACAAGGCCACCGUUCCUCGAGAGCCGUCGCUAGAGAAUCUCAUCUUCGACACCUGGACUUUCAACGCGACUGAUCCUCGGGAUAAGGUUUUUGGGCUAUACGGUCUGCUCCGUGAGGGUGGCACUGUCGAUUGGCAGCCGGACUACUCUCAGUCCGUAGGGGAGGUGUUCGCCCGAGCGACGAAGGAGAUUAUCCAGAAGGCAGGCGAGUUGCGCAUUCUCUCCGCUGUCCACGACGAGUCCCUCCGAAAUAUCGCGGAUCUACCCUCUUGGGUACCAGAUUACAGCACGAACUUCUGCAACAUGAUGUGUGCCAAUCAUCAUGCGGCUGGGGAUACACCCAUGAGAUCUAUCAUUGGUACCCCGUGGAACAAACUUCCUGUGACUGGUGUCAAGUUUGACUCGGUUCUCGCGAUAGGAAACACUACGAGUGGACCCGGCCAGAUAUCCAUGUUCUUCGACCAAAGGUGGCUAGAACUCACUCUGCUGCUCCCAGUUCCAUACCAUACCGGCGAAACGAGAACAGAGACGCUGUGGCGCACCCUCUGCGCGGACCAGGCGCUUGACGGGUCAAUGCCAGCACCUCCGUCAUACGGGGACAUGUUCAAAGCAAUGGUGUGCAGUCUCGCCUGCGUCAAAGCUGCCGAAACAAUGCGCGCUGCAGAAAAGGAUCCGCAGAAUGUCGUUAAUCUCCUCUCAGCUUCGUACCACGUUCGGGAGACCUGGUCGAGCCCACCUCUCUCGGAAUUGUCUGUAGAGGAGCUCACACGUGCUGUCGCAGACCCGCACACGAAUCUCAGUCAGCCAGAUCGCCAAACAUUAACUCAUUUGUUGUAUAAGUUGCAGUUUCUUGGAAUUGCUGAAGACAAAUCAUUUACACCCUCUAUUGACGAAGUUGAGAAAGCAUACUACAGUUCCUCAUGGCUGCCUUGGGAUGAGAGCGAGACAUUACAGCUUCCUAGAGAAGGACAAGAGUUUUAUAAUGCAUUAAGACGGAAACAUGGUCGACGGAGGCUAUUUGUCACUGCUAAUCGGUACCUCGGCUUGGGACCGGCCGCGAUGGAGGUUGGGGAUGAGGUAUGGCUUUUGGCGGGCGCGGGGGCCGCGAUGGUACUAAGAGGGACCGAGACGCAAGACGAAUUCCGGCUGGUCGGGGCUGCGUAUGUACAUGGAAUUAUGAGUGGAGAGCAAGUUGUAGAUAUAAAGUUGAAGGAUAUUACUCUAGUAUAA